AGCAACUAUUUAGACAAUAAAAAUAGAUGUAAACAAUGCUGUAUUUAUAAACCGCCCGAAAGAACCAAACAAUAACAGAACGAUUUUCUUUUCAGUGGGAAGGAUGCUUCAGAACACAUUGGAUUUGUUAAUAACGUUUUCAUUUAGCGCCAAACAUAUCGGAUUUUAUUUUUUAUCUAAAACCCCGGACUUUAUAAUUUGACAAGCAGAAUGUCAGCGUUAGAGCUCUUCUUCCGACAGAGCUGUAGCAGAGAAGCAGACGAGAUCACACAAGGAACACCGAUCUACAAACAGCGCGCUUCGUGGGGCCACUUCUCAGAUACAAGUAUGGAAUUGGCUGCCGCCCCUCCCGGUAUUACGGACCUUCUCACUCAAAGGACAAUUUUGGAGCACUUGUUUCUGAAAAGACCCACGGAGGGCGAGUUUUGGUACGUGAUUGUCGCCGAAUGGAUUGAACAGCUCAAACGGUACAUUGGCUUGCCCACAACGCGGAAGUUUUAUCAUCAGCGGACGAACCCUGGUCCGAUAAUUACCCGACGUGACUACGCACAUACCGUUGACGUAGUACACGAGGACGCAUGGCGUAUGAUGGUCCAGUGGUAUGGACUGACAGAAGGUCACAAACCAAUCAAACUUGUUGUGUAUAACUACAGGCGGGGACCGGAAAUUGAGCACAACCAAAACUCUUUCAAGGUGAUGCUAAGCGUUUCAUCGCUAGAAGACUUCCAUCAUGUCAAAUUCAGCAAAAUGGAGAAAGUUGGCCAUAUUGAAUAUAAAAUUCGUCAGCUGUACUGUAUUCCAAAAGACCAGCAAUCAAGAAUCUGGGUUAAAACGGACACAGACAGUGAAUGGCGACUUUUGCUGAACCGCGACAAAACUAUAGGUAAAUGCCUGGACAUUGAUUCGGACUUCGUUCGUCCAACUGUAGCACUUGAAAUUUGCGUCGAAGACGAAAAAUGGGUCAACGCUCCCCAAGACGCGACAGAAAUCCAGGAAAGCCCAACAGGUCCCCUGUACGAGCACAACAUCUUCACGGACCUCACCAGCAGCUGGGAGGUUGAUAUCCACGAGCAGAUAGACCACAUCGGCAAAAGCUUGGUGGAUAACCUCCAUGUCAACUUCAGCGCUUUCGUUCAGAAAGCCCGGGAGUUUGUUGAUGAACGGGACUACCAUCUACGUCAGAGAGAACGUGACAUUUACCUCCGAGAGACGUUCAUUGAGGACCUCACCGAGAAACUGGAGGACAAAGAAAAAGUUCUCGACGCUCAGUUGGAGUCUUGUGAGAGACAACUGAAUGAGUGUGACAGACGUAAAAAGGAGAUUGAAGUUGAAUGUAAGAAACAACGAGAGGAAUUGGAUCGCCUUGAAGAGCGACGGAGGACCGAGUUCAAAGCACUGAAAGAGAACUUUGAAAUGGAGCGAGACAAGUUUCAUUCAGAAUUACAGCGGAUGUCAGAAAUGUACAAAAUCCAGGACAAUCGCAUCAAACUGGAUAUUGGAGGUCAGCUGUUUACGACGUCAUUAACGACCUUGAACCGUGACCCAGAAUCGAUGCUAGCCGCCAUGUUUAGUGGACGCCACGAACUGAAAAAAGAAGAUAAUAGCGGAAGUUACUUCAUUGACAGGGACGGAACGCACUUCCGAUAUAUUCUGAAUUUUUUGAGGGACGGCGAAAUCAAGGACGGCACGAUUCCAGAGAACCCUAACUUAUGGCGAGAACUGUUAACGGAAGCCGAGUACUACCAGAUACAGGGCCUUGUGGGAUAUCUCCAGUCACUGCUCCAUAACCUUCCGCAGCGAGUUGAAUCCCCUGUCAGUGAUACAACUUUUGUAUGAAUAUGCUACACAAUCUAGACCCUCCUCCUCGCUCCAAAGACAAGGUCUGUCCCGCUUUGCACACCCCUUUCGGCUUUCAGCCAAGUACGCCAAAGUCCGUCUUAGUUCUCUCAACAUUUUCGACAUUUUGUGUUCUAAGUCUUGACAAUUACUUGUGACGGUGUAAGCAGACAGUACUAAGCAAGUAAUUCUUUAUUUGAUUGAUCAGCACAUAUAAAUGAACAACUCUGUAAAAUAAAUGAUUUAUAAAUAAAUAAAAUGCAUGUGAUAAACAGGUAAGAUUAAUAGGAAAUAAUAUUUAGGAACAGAAUGAUUUUUAAUAAACGAAACGCAAUUCAGUUAUAAUUUUUUAAAAGCAGAUAUACGCAACCUUGAAAUUCCCCUUAUUGCACUCUUGGACUGUUAUUCUACAUAUUCAUUUUUUUUUAAGUGAGCUGUUUAACACACAUGCAUUGAAAAAUUCGUAUUAUAUGGCAUGUGAAAUAAAGAUUAAAGAAGCUUUGCAAUCAAA